UAAAAUAAUUAUUAAUAUUUUUAAUAUUUUAAAAUGACCAUAAAAACUGAGUCUUUAGUGGUAAUUUAUGAUCUCAUCGAUGCGUUUUAAAUAGAUUUGUAUUAGACAUAAAUGAGCUUGAGAUCAAAUUUUUUUAAUAUUUUAAACUUAUUUUAAUCUAUUUAAUAAUUAAAAUGAGUUAUGACCAAAUCUAUUUAUUUUAUUUAAGAUAUAUUGAAUCUGUUUAAAAUUUAUUGGACCUGUUCCUAGCUAUUUAACCGGUUAAACCCACUCAACUUAUUUCGUUUAACUUGAUUGAUCUAUUUAUUUAAUGAGUUAUGCCCGCGCCCUUCUCUCUCUCCCUCCUCGUUCUUCAUCAAACUCAUCGCACAUGAUGCUACCCCCUUUUAAGACCCACCACCAACAACAACUUCUUCCGCCGGGAAUUUUUCCUUCCGCAGAAUGAAAUGGAAAACUUCUCUCUUUUAAUGGAAAACUUCUCUCUUUUAUCUUGAUCUUUUAUCUCAAUUCUUUACGGAAUUAUUGGAAACGUACUAAAUUUGGGCACAAUUUUAUUAGAAACCUACCAAAUCAGGGUACGAAAUCUUCUCUUUAUAAACGAUCUUCGAGAGUUUGGAGAGAAGAUCUCGUGCCCAAGUUUGGUAGGUUUCGAAUGAAAUCUCGCGCCCAAGUUUGGUAGGUUUCCAAUCAGAAUUCUUUUCGGAUCUCUCACAAAAGCUAAAUCUCCGUCUCUCGUGCGCGCGGGACCUUGUCUUCGAAUGCCGUUAUCUGCGUCGAAUCUGAUCUUUACUCUCGUUGUCAGGGACACGGUAAGCGUCGUUAGUGACACGGAAUGUGAGAUUUCUGAAGACAGAUGGCUUCUUGGUGGUCUUCUUCAGGAUGUUCUGAAGGAUAUGAAGAUCUUUUUUGCUGUAAGAGGGAUUUAAUGUAAGAGGGAAAGAGGAUAAGACCCUUUUUUAUGAUUCAGAAGGUUCUGACAUUGGAUGUUUAUGCUAAGUAAAGUUGGUGAUCUUUGUUCAGCACAGUAAAGAAAUGUGAGACUCUGAAGACUUUGAUAUGUUGUAGGCAGACUUCUGCAGGUUGUUGAAAAAAAAUGAAGACUUUGUAAAAGAUUGCUGGAUGAAGACCUGUAGUUUGCUGGAAGAUGGAAAGAGGAUUCUAAUUUGCUGACAUAAGAGGUGCGGGGUUGUGGUGAUUAUGGAUUCAGAAAAUUUAAAAGAUGUCAUUGAUCUUGAGACUGGCACAAGUAGGACAAGCAGUGCACAAGAAGGAUCUGACAACAGUUUCAGUAGUGGGAAUGCAAAGAAGUUGUUGACUAGAGUCUGGAGUGGCCUUGGUGGAUUGAUGAUGGGUGAAGAAGCUGUUAACUUGGGUAAUGUUUUCUCCUGUUCUAUUGAUGGUUGUUAUGAGAACGGAGAAAUUUUAGCAAAAGAGAGGUUUGACAGAGAGGACAAUGUGGGUCCUUUUAAGAAGAUAGUAGAAACUGAUAGGCCAAGAAGGAAGGCUUCCAAAAGGCCUCCAAAACCACCCCGGCCUCCCAAGUCUCUGUCACUGAAUGCUUUUGACCAGAAGUUAGUCAACGAGAUAUCUGAGCUUGCCAUGUUGAGGCAGGCAAGAAUUGAACGAAUGAAGAUGCUAAAGAAGAAAAGGAACACCAAGGCAGCAUCUUCGAACACCAACUUGUGUGCCAUGGUUAUCACCAUUCUCUUCUUCCUCAUCAUUAUAUGGAAAGGUAUAUUGGCUGUGUAUGUCUAUGGAGAAGCAGGCAGAUGUGUAAUUGUAGCAGGAUUUGGGAGAGUGAAAAGGAUUGAUAUCUCCAUCUUGAAAAGAAAUAAAACAAGGUACCAUGUUCCGGUAAAAUGUACUCGCUGCCCUUUUUUUUUCUUUUCUUUUGUAGCAAGCUAUGUUUGGAAGGUUGUGACCUCGGAGCUUUUUAUUGUUAUUGAUAGAUUAAGAGACUUGCCAAUAGAGCUAGAAGUAAUUCUCUAGAAGAAAAUUUGAAGUACAUAAUCAUGAGCUUCCUAUCUAGAACUCAAAGGACCUAACUUGCCCCAAAAUGGUUUUUGACAUUAUUUGAACUUCUAGUCUCCUUUGUCUUGUU